UCUUGUACACUAAAUUAACUUGCAAAUAGAAUAUUUAUUUAACACUUGAGAGCACAAAAUAGGAACGGUCAUGAAAGUUAUCACUAACAUUUGAGGAACUGUUUGUCGCAUGCUUUCUCUUGUGAUCCUGGGGAACACGCUUAAUAUUAGAAAUGUCGAGAAAUUCCCCUGGGCGACGAAAUGGAGGAAAUCAAAGCUCCGACAGCCUAGAAGAAUCUUCUGCGGAAUCAAUUUUGGGCACUAAGUUGAAUUUAAAGUCAAAUGGCUACUCCUCGGGAAAGAUUGUAGGAUUCCCUCCGAUCACUGAGGAAUUGGAUAAGAAGGGAAGCACACCCUGUAUAUCGUUUAUGGACGAAGAUUUAAUGAUAGAUCGCACAAAGAAAAUGCCAGAACAUAUCAAACAGCGAUGGAGAAGGGCGGCAAUAUGGGUGACGGUGUUCUGCAUUGUCGUUUCUUUUAGUAUAACAAUUGCUUCGUUUCAAGCCGCGGGGGCGUACGACAGUUCUUCGGCUCUCGCGCUCGCGUUUGACUGUGCCAAUGCUUCCCUAUGCUCUCUUGUUGUGCUAUGGAGAUUCAAAACAGCAAAGAACGGCAGUUUGGGGUAUAAAAGAGAAAAAGUAUCGUGUUUAGUGUUUGCGACGUCUUUUAUCGUCAGCGGAACUUUGACUGCGGGAUUAUCAAUCAAAAGAAUUGUAGAGAAAGAUCACCCUUCCAAAACGUUUUGCAUCGUAGUUGUCCUAAGCGUUGGCUGCCUUUUGUACACUAUGUUGGCCGUAAUGCAGUGUUACGUGUCCAAAAAGCUUCUCAGUUCAGCAAUGCUUGGGAGCUGUAUAGACUCUGCGUUAUCGGCAGCACUCAUGUUUGGCCUUAUCAUCAGUAACUGCACCUUUUUACUUGUUCAUACAGAUUUGUGGUAUUUGGACCACUCCAUGGCAAUUUUAGUUGCAAUAGUGUCAGUGCUAUGCGGCGUGCAGAUUCUAGUGGAAAUUUUGUAUUAUAAGAAACUGCCAAUAGACUUGAUGCCUUGUAAGGAAUGUUAUUAGCGCCAGAAUUAAGGCAUGCCAGUAAAUUUAUUUUGUUACAAAGACUAAAGUAAACAUGUUAAUCUGC